AUGAGGGUGCAGGGUGGUGAUAACAAGGGGCAGGGUGGUGAUAACAAGGGGCAGGGUGGUGAUAACAAGGUGCAGGGUGGUGAUAACAAGGUGCAGGGUGGUGAUAACAAGGGGCAGGGUGGUGAUAGCAAGGGGCAGGGUGGUGAUAGCAAGGUGCAGGGUGGUGAUAACAAGGUGCAGGGUGGUGAUAACAAGGUGCAGGGUGGUGAUAACAAGAGGCAGGCUGGUGAUAACCAGGGACAGGCUGGUGAUAACAAGGGACAGGUUGGUGAUAACAAGGGGCAGGGUGGUGAUAACCAGGGACAGGUUGGUGAUAACCAGGUGCAGGGUGGUGAUAACAAGGGGCAGGGUGGUGAUAACCAGGGGCAGGGUGGUGAUAACCAGGUGCAGGGUGGUGAUAACAAGGGGCAGGGUGGUGAUAACCAGGGACAGGUUGGUGAUAACCAGGUGCAGGGUGGUGAUAACAAGGGGCAUGCUGGUGAUAACCAGGGACAGGUUGGUGAUAACCAGGUGCAGGGUGGUGAUAACAAGGGGCAGGGUGGUGAUAACAAGAGGCAGGUUGGUGAUAACCAGGGACAGGUUGGUGAUAACCAGGUGCAGGGUGGUGAUAACAAGGGGCAGGGUGGUGAUAACCAGGGACAGGUUGGUGAUAACAAGGGACAGGGUGGUGAUAACAAGGGGAAGGGUGGUGAUAACAAGGGGAAGGGUGGUGAUAACAAGGGGCAGGGUGGUGAUAACCAGGGACAGGGUGGUGAUAACCAGGUGCAGGGUGGUGAUAACAAGGGGAAGGGUGGUGAUAACCAGGGGCAGGGUGGUGAUAACAAGGGGCAGGGUGGUGUUAACAAGGGGCAGGUUGGUGAUAACCAGGGACAGGUUGGUGAUAACCAGGUGCAGGGUGGUGAUAACCAGGGGCAGGGUGGUGAUAACCAGGUGCAGUGUGGUGAUAACCAGGGACAAGUUGGUGAUAACCAGGGACAGGGUGGUGAUAACCAGGGACAGGUUGGUGAUAACCAGGUGCAGGGUGGUGAUAACAAGGGGCAGGGUGGUGAUAACAAGAGGCAGGUUGGUGAUAACCAGGGACAGGUUGGUGAUAACAAGGGGCAGGGUGGUGAUAACAAGGGGCAGGGUGGUGAUAACCAGGGACAGGUUGGUGAUAACAAGGGACAGGUUGGUGAUAACAAGGGACAGGUUGGUGAUAACCAGGGGAAGGGUGGUGAUAACAAGGGGAAGGGUGGUGAUAACAAGGGGCAGGGUGGUGAUAACCAGGGACAGGGUGGUGAUAACCAGGUGCAGGGUGGUGAUAACAAGGGGAAGGGUGGUGAUAACAAGGGGAAGGGUGGUGAUAACCAGGGGCAGGGUGGUGAUAACAAGGGGCAGGGUGGUGUUAACAAGGGGCAGGUUGGUGAUAACCAGGGACAGGUUGGUGAUAACCAGGUGCAGGGUGGUGAUAACCAGGGGCAGGGUGGUGAUAACCAGGUGCAGUGUGGUGAUAACCAGGUACAGGUUGGUGAUAACCAGGGGCAGUGUGGUGAUAACCAGGGGCAGGGUGGUGAUAACAAGAGGCAGGGUGGUGAUAACCAGUGA